AUGGGUGAUCGGAACGAUUACUACAGCGAUUUAUUUAACGGAAGACCUCCGAAGCGUGAUAGUGGUUAUGCUUCCAGCAGCGAUACUAACGUUCCUGCCUUACCAAGAAACUCUAGCUCCAAUUCAUUGACAUUUUCAAUGAGCCUUUCAGAUGAUGAUCUUCCAACUGCGAGGAGAGAAUCAUCCCCUGAAGUCGUACCUGCUUCUACUGAAAUUACGCAAUCCACAACAGUAUUGCCUUCUGUAUUCAUAAAGGGUUUUAAGGAAGGUGGAAUCGAAGUUCACGUACCUGGAGUAGUGCAUGGUGUAUUCUCCCCACCAGAGGGUAUGAAAGUCCAAUUUCGCCUUCCACAAGAAGGGGACACUGAGGAGAAAAAUAUGAAUCUUUUUAUAAAAGCCGGACUAAAUCAAAUAGAUUAUUACAAGGAUCGUUGCGGGGAAAUCCAAUCAAUUGAACCGGUUAACGAUUGUUCAGAAACUAAACAGCCGACGGAAGCUAAGCAACUAUAUAGUAACUAUUUCAACGGUGAUAAUUCUAAUCAAAGUAAUAAUCCAGAUACAGAGAGCGAUGCUGGAAGUAACACCGAUUCUGUUGGUGGAAAUCCAAAAAGUAACAAUUUGAGAACACGAUGCAACACUUAUUAA